UUAGAUUCUUUUACCAAAAACCGAACCGGUCGAAUCCUUGACCGAAAACAUAACCGGUCCGAAUCCUUAAACCCUAGUGUCUUCUCUCUUCUUUCUCACACUUCAGAUCAAUUCUUCUCUCUCACGCGAACGGCCCCUUGUUCCCACUCUCUCCCUCUGCUUCGAUAAAGAGUAAGAAAUGGGUAACGCUAAGAAGAAGGCUCAGAUGUUCGUGAAACUUGUGUCUGCUGCGGGAACUGGAUUCUUUUAUGUUAAGAGGAAACCAAGACAGUUUACAGAGAAACUUGAGUUUCGAAAGUAUGAUCCCCGAGUUAAUCGUCAUGUGCUGUUUACAGAAGCUAAAAUGAAGUGAUAUAGUGCAUCUUUCAUUGCUUCCUUGUAACAAUCUUGUACUUCUUUUUGAGACAAUUAUCACAUUUUAUAUUACAGGUGGAAUAAUGCCAAUCUUUUAAUUGUUUGUUGAGAUUGAUUGUUAGUAUGCAGUAUUAUUUGGGCUGUUUGUUUGACUCGUCUAAAUUCAUUUCUAGGACCAACUUUCCAAGAAA